AUGCCGUCAGAAUUUGAAAGCAUCAGAACACGACAAAUUGUGGCCCUACGUUCCAUGAUAAAUCUGAACGAACAGGUUGUAAAUUCUGGAGUGAAAGAGCCGGUAUGGAAAAUUCUGAUACUUGAUAAAGCCGGCCAAGAUAUUAUAUCACCGCUUCUACCUGUCAAGGAUUUGCGAGAUUUGGGUGUUACACUUCACUUAUUGAUCGGAUCUCGUCGCGAGCCUCUUACCGACGUUCCUGCUGUUUAUUUUGUUUCACCUACCGAUGAGAAUAUUGAUUUGAUCAGCGAAGAUUUGAAGAACUCCAUGUACGAUGCUUUCUACUGCAACUUCAUCUCUCCGAUUUCCCGUCCGCGUUUAGAAUCUCUUGCUUCAGCAGCAGUUCACGGCGGUGCGGUGAAUCAAGUUCAGAAAGUGGUUGAUCAAUAUCUCAACUUCAUUUCACUGGAAGACGAUCUUUUUGUACUUCGCCGUUAUAUCGAAACCAGCAAUUUCUCUUAUUUCGCAAUGAAUAAUCCAUCAACUUCUGAUAUGGUUAUGACGCAAAUGCUCGACGCUGUUGCUGAUGGCUUAUUCGCCGUUUGUGCAACAAUGGGAAUUGUGCCAAUCAUUCGGUGCCCCAAAGGAAACGCUGCUGAAAUGAUUGCCAAACGUCUUGAUCAGAAACUUCGCGAGAAUUUGAGAGAUUCGCGAAACAAUAUUUUCUCGAUGGAUGGCGUUCGCGUUGGAUUCAUGCAAGCCACUAGACCAGUGUUGGUCAUCGCGGAUCGUGGAGCGGAUUUGGCAACCAUGCUUCAUCAUACGUGGACAUAUCAAGCUUUGAUGCAUGAUGUUUUGGACCUAGAUCAAAAUCGGGUCACUAUUACAAACUCAGCGAAUGGAAAGAAGAAAGAAUACGAUAUGGGAACUGGAGGAACUGACAAACUCUGGAAUAACCACAAGGGUAGCGCUUUUCCGGCAGUGGCUGAAGCCGUUCAAGAAGAUCUGGAUGCCUAUAGGAAUAGUGAAGAGGAAAUCAAGAGAUUGAAAAAGGCGAUGGGAAUGGAUGGCGGAAAUGAGGAUGCUGAUGAAGCGAUGACAACACUUCUCGCUGAUACGACAGCGAAGUUGGGAUCGACGGUGACAAGUCUUCCGCAACUUUUGGAAGCUAAAAGACUAAUUGAUCUUCACACCAAUGUUGCAACAACUCUUCUCGAAGUUAUAAAAGAACGUAAAUUAGAUGUUCUGUUUGAACUCGAACAAAAGCUUCUUCAGCACUCUCCUCUAGAUCAGCCAGUUACCCAAUUUCUUGGACAAAUUAGUAAUCAAGAGGAUAUCUUGAGGGUUCUCAUAAUCGCGUUCUUGUGUCAGGAGACGGUUAGCAAGACGAGCUACGAAGAGAUGAUUCAGCUUCUCCGUGAAAGGAAUAUAGAGGAAUCGGCCUUGAAAUUUGUUCAAAAACUCAAAUCAAUUUCUCAAUUGGGAUCCAAAGCGGCGAGUUCUGCCCACACAGAGGAACAUCAAGGGGCCGGAACGAAAACCAUAAAUAUGUUCGGCAAAUUGUUGAGCCACAGCUCGAAAUUCGUAAUGGAAGGAGUGAAGAAUUUGGUGCCAAAAGAGCAUAAUCUGCCGUUGACGAAACUUGUCGAUCAGCUCAUUACACCGCCAUCAUCAUCAACUGUCGGAAUCAAUCAGAUGAUUGGAGGAGGAUCGUCUGCUGUUGAUGUCGAUGAUACGAUUGCAUUCUAUGAUCCGAAAUUGAUGCAUCAGCCCACAAAAGAAAGUAUUAAUCGUACAAGACAACAACAACCACAGGAUGUCAUUCUCUUCGUAGUAGGAGGUGGAAAUUACGUAGAAUAUCAGAAUUUGAUUGAUUACGGCAAGCGGAAGAAUGUCAAGCGUAUCACAUAUGGUUGCACUGAGCUUGUGAACCCUACUCAAUUUUGUGAUCAGAUCUUGGUGUGCUAUGAUUCGUGCCUAGAUAUGGCCACUGAAUACUCAUUUAGUUUUGCACCAAGACCGCCGCCAUUUUUUGCAUUUAGCUAA